AUGGAUUUCUACGUAGUUUUUUUUUUAUUCCUAUUCGCUUUUGCCGUAAAUGUUCAAUCUUAUUUAAUUCCACGAGAAGAACCGAAUUCUGAUGGAUGCGCAAGAAUUUAUAAUGAAUUUAUUACAAAGAAAAAAACCAAUUUCAGUUAUGCUGAUGUCAACGAUUGCUAUAAAAGCUUUCCGUUUGAUAAAGACGCGAUUGAUACUUUAAGUGGCCUUGUUGGUGGAUUUUAUGUAUUUUUGGAUAAAGCAAAAGAACCUCCACAACCUGGGUUUGACUUUAGACCAGUAGAUUUAAAAGCAGAAUUAGAAAAUUUUCGGACAAAAUCUUAUUCAACUUUAUAUGAUUUUACAACCGACGUUAAGCAUCUCUUUUAUGAUUUAAAAGAUUCGCACACAUUGUUUGGUUCAUAUUGCUUUACGACAUUUUUUUUUCAUACGAAUAUGACAUUCUACUCUGUUGUUAACAAUGGGGAACAGAAAAUUAAAGUCUUUGAUGAUACUAUUGACCAAUCUAAUAUUGAUUGCGAAGUAACUCAUAUUGAUGGUCAACAAGCAUUCAAAGUAAUUUAUGAAUUUGCCAAUAAUUCAGUUUAUGCAUCAAGAGAUCUAGGUGUACGAUUUAAUAUAGCUCUUGAUCGUGCCUAUAAGUUCCCAUCUUUUGCUGUACGAUCUGAAAUACCAGAGAGGUCAGAUAUCACUUACACACUCAAAUGUGAUAAUAAAAAUGCAUUUGAUGUUAAAAGAAAUUGGAAUGCCUUUGCUCAAAAUAGUAUAAUUUUAAAUGAGUUUAAUAAUUCAAAAUCCUAUUUUGAUAAUAUUUGUAAUCCUACAAAUGGAAUCAUACAAAUUGGACCUUCUAGUACCGCAUUUCAAGAAAUUAAAGCUGCACCACCUGAUGACUUUAAUAAAAUUGUAGAGCAGCAAGACAAAAGUAUAACCACGAUAAAAAUUAUUGAUAGCUUUGUUAGCUUUUUUAAAACGCAAGACUUUGGCAUUGUUAAAUUUUUUACUGAAAGUCCCACUGGACCAGAAGAGCCUAUAAAUAUGCUUACAGAUAUAAUUCAAGGAUUUAAAGAACUAGAAAAUAUGGGCGUUAAAAAGGUAUAA